GGGCACGGCACAUAGGGGGAAUGCAUAUUCAUAUUCUCACUGUACUCACUGUACCUGAUAACAAUGAAUAUUAUUGCAUUAUGGUUUUUGCAAUAUAUUUCAUAAGUACUAUCUCAGUUCAAGAGGACAAAAAUACGCAAAUCGUAUUACCUAUGAGUAGCAAUAUCUAAAAAGGCUCCUUCCUUCCUCAUAAUCAGUAUGCAUGCCAUUGAAAGGUCAACAGCAAUUUACUCAGAGAUAACAGGAUUUCGAUAAUAACUUGUUUAUGCAUACCUACAACAUGCCUACAACAAAAUAACACUGUCACUUCAUUUAUUUCAAUGCAGACAUAUCGUGCUUGAGCUUACAUAGAAAUAUCAAGAAUUAGGUAUUAGUCAAUGAUGAAAAUGGAAGUUGCACCCCCGAAAGUUUUGAAACAGCCGUUGGUGAUUCCUCAAAGGGUUCUCAUGGGACCUGGUCCCUCUAAUGUACACCCUAGAGUUCUGCACGCUAUGAGCCAUAAUGUUUUGGGGCAUAUGAAUCAAGAAACAUUCCAGAUUAUGGAUGAAAUAAAAGAAGGUAUCAGAUACCUUUUCCAAACAAAAAAUGAUCUCACUCUAGCUACAAGCGCCACAGGACAUAGUGGCAUGGAAGCCAUUUUGUGCAACUUGAUAGAACCAGGAGACAAAGUUUUAGUAGCAGUGAAUGGUUUGUGGGGUACUAGAGCUGCAGACAUGGCAGAAAGAUAUGGUGGGGUUGUAACAGAAAUGACAGUGAAGUUAGGCAAAAAUUUUACAUUCGACGUCAUUGAAAGCUUUUUAUCAAAAGUAAGACCGAAAUUACUUUUCAUCGUGCAAGGUGAAACGUCCACAGGUGUUUUUCAACCAAUAGAAGGCCUUGGAAAGAUCUGUCAUAGGUACGAUUGUCUUUUAGCUGUUGACCUUGUGGCCACAGUGGGUGGAGUCCCAUUUUUCAUGGAUAAAUGGGAAGUUGAUGCCGCCUAUACUGCUGUUCAAAAAAUAUUGAGCGUACCGACUGGUUUGGCAAUUAUGUCUUUCAGUCCGAAAGCACAAAAGGUCAUUUUUGACAGAAAAAUACCUCCGAAAGUUUUCUUUUGGGAUAUGAGAAUUCUGGGUCAGCAAUGGAAAUGCUACGAUAAGCCAAGAAUCUAUCAUCAUACUGUGUCCUCCAGUUUGUUGAGUGCCCUUCGCGAAAGUUUGGCCAUGCUAGCCGAAGAAGGGUUAGAGAACGUCAUCAAGAGACACGAAAUUUGCUACGAGAGGCUCGCGAAGGGGUUGCAAGACCUGGGGUUGAAAUUCUUCGUGGAAGAGGAGAAAGACAGACUCAUCACGGUCACAUCUUUGAUAGUGAGAGAUGAGUUCGAUCACAAGGAAUUCCUCGAUUUCUGUAUGAAAAAGUAUAGCUUGGAGAUUGGAACUGGCCUUUUAGGUCAAACUGGUGGUGGAAAACUUUUGAGGGUAGGUUUGAUGGGCUACAAUGCCACCCUCGAAACGGUGGAAUUUACCCUGAAAGUAAUGAAGGAAGCCAAAGAUCAUGCCGAAACAAAAAGUUCAUCGAAAUUGUAAAAUUAUAUUGUUAUAUUGUUGAUUAAUUGCAUAAUUAUUAUGGUUCGUUAAUAA